AUGGCCUCUAGAGAACCCUCUUCCCACAAGAAGACAGUGAAGAAAGGCAAUCGGACUCAGCCACCUCCGGCGACCAAAGUGGUGGCGAAAUCCGGAGGCGCCGCCCAGGAUAUGGGGUCGGUUCCCAAUUCGGAUUUGGGCGACAACAGGCUGCCGCCUGUCCCCAAAACCCCCAAUCUCUCAUCCAAACGCGCCCGCGACGAUGAACCCCUGCCGACUGACGGCAAGAAGGAGAAGGCCGUUGAGGCGGAAAAAUCCCGCGGCGGAUGCAUUACCAGGCUUUGGAGCAACGAGGACGAGAUAACCCUGCUGAAAGGGGUAAUCGCCUUCAGGGGCGGCCCGAGCGCUGAUAUGGCUGCCUUUUACGAUUAUAUUAAGGGAAAUCUGAAGUUCGAGUCCUCGAGGGAGCAGCUGAGGAGAAAGGUCAGUAGGUUGAAGCAGAGGUACUUGAAUGCCCUCAAGAAGGGCAAAAAUGGCGAGGAUCCUGUCUUCUCGAAUCCCCACGAGGAUAGGCUGUUUGAACUUUCUAAGAUAAUAUGGGGGGGCCAAAAUUCGAAAAGCAUUGUCCUCAAAGAGAAGGAGGCUGCAGACUCCAAAAAGUUGAAGGAAAAGAAGAACAAGAGCAAGGAUAAUGGAGGAAGAACCUAUACGAACCCGCACGAACAGGAAAUUUAUGACCUUUCAGAAAAAUUGUGGGGGGCUGAGAAAGAAAAUGGGUUCAACAAAGCCAGUGCCAAUGGGGACCAUAGAAAUAGUGAGAUGAUGAAGUCUUUCUUGAUGGGAAAAGAGUUGAUAGGUUUUGACGAAAGGACUUUGGCGGCUGCAAAGCACUUGCUCGAGGAGGGGGAAAUGGAGGAUGAAAAUCGAAAGACCUGGAAAAAACUGAAGAUUGAGGAGACGGAGGUCUUGUUGAGGCAUUCGAAGAUAAGCUUCAUUUGGACUGGAAUUGCCAAUGUAAGUACCUCUGAAAAAUGCCUGAGAGCAGUGGAGAGAUCAAACUGUUACCACAAGUACACGCCGUGUGUGUUUGGACUCACUUUUUACAUCCUUCUUUUGGGGGUGGUUCAGAUAUUUAUGUCUCAAAUACCCGAUUUCCAUAGCAUGGAUUGGCUUUCGGUGAAUUACAUAAAUGAGCCAUUGUCGUUUGUUCCUCUUUUACAAAUUACUCUUGCCGAUGUUAGGGCCCGUUUGGCCUGCUCGGCUCGGCCAACUGAAUGCAAAAUUCUAAUUAAAUUUUAUGAUAAGAGUAAACCUUGGGAAGUUUGGCCCAAAAGGACAGCCUAUGUUUCCGCAAGAACUGCAAUUGCCAUGGUUCUCCCCUAUUGCAAUCAGGUCCUUGGAGUUAGUGGGGCCAUCACAUUUUGGCCCCUGGCUAUAUAUUUCCCGGUCGAGAUGUGGUUGGGGCAGAACAAAACCGGAGCCUGA